UUUAAAUUGCAAAAGCUAAAAAGGGAAGUCGGUCAGUUUGUCUGUUGCAUCACAGCUCAGCUUAAUAAACUGAAAGAUUUCACUUGAAUUCACCAGUCAAAGGAUCUUACUGCUGCUCUGUUUUUGAUGUGAGCUUGUUGGGUGAUGAGAUUCAUGGCAGCCCUGUCUACAAAGAUGUUGACAGACAACAUGUUACUGAGUGUCUUCUUUCUUACAGGUGCUUUGGCUGCUUGUCCUCAUAUUUCACACCUCUUCAUUACUGCACCGCUGGAGAUGGAAGCACUGAGUGGAUCUUGUUUGCAAAUCCCGUGUAACUUUAGUGCUGCACCGGGACAAACAUUUGAUGGCAGGAGAACAACCAUUGGAGUGUGGAUUAAAAAUGACCACAAUUUUAAAAGCUAUCCAAGAAAUGUGAUUUUCAACAGUGGUCAGACAGUUAACACCUAUCCAAUGAACAUUACUGGAAACCUGAGUCAGAAUGACUGCACCACUCUGUUUUCCAGUUUAAACACAACAUAUACAGACAGAUACUACUUCAGAAUUGAGGGCAAUGGAUUCAUGGCAACAGCUGUUUGUGAUCCUGUUCAAAUAACAGUCAAAGAUUCUCCUCCGAGCCCCAGAAUUGAAAUCUCAGGUGAGCUGAAGGAGAAGGAGUCUGUCACUAUAACCUGCUCAGCUUUCACUCCCUGUCCACACUCCCCUCCUAAACUCACCUGGAAUCUCCAACAAGACGCUCACAACAAAAUAGAGGAAAACGCAAAUCGAACCUUUACGACUAAAAUCCAGACGACCAUCACUCUGUCUGACAAGCACGACGGAUACAACAUCACCUGUUCUUCCAGCUACUCUGUGAAUGAAGGACAAAAUGCUAAGUCAGCAAAGGAAAAAGUGACUCUCAGUGUUUCAUAUGCUCCCAAAGACACCUCAGUGAGGAUCAGUCCAUCAGGUUUGGUGUCACCAGGUAGCUGGGUGAACCUGACCUGCUCCAGCAGAGCCAAACCUGCUGCCAACUUCACCUGGUACAAGAUCAGCAAAGAUGGAACCAUGAAAGUAUCUGAAGGAGACUUUUACAGCUUCAAUGUGACAGAUGGAGGAGUUUAUCACUGUGUGGCCACAAAUGAUCUUGGUAAUCAGACGUCAGAGAUCGAUCUGCCUAUUAAAGGAAAUGGGUCUUUGAAGCUGGGGGCACUUCUUGGAGGAAUCUUUGUGAUCAUCAUACUCAUCUGCCUGGUUGUCUGUGUGUGCACUCUCAUGUUUUUCAAGCGGUCCAAGUCAACGCAUCCAACUCCACAACAGACUGAGAGUCAAACAGGUGAAGAAAAGCCAGCUACAACAGAAGAAGAACAGAUCCAUUAUGGAGAGAUCAGCUUCUCCAAGCGGAGACCUGGACCAUCCUCUGACUCAGCGCAGGACAGUGGACAGCAGCAGGAUACAGUGUAUGCACAGGUCAAAGCAUCCAAGCCAACAAACAGCUUAGCACAGACUGUGGACGGCCCAGAGGACCUGUAUGCUACAGUGAAGAAAAAAUGAGAGUUGUUUUGUUGUUUAAAGACAGAUUACACUUGAGUACAAUUCCUAUUAAACAUUACUUUAAUUUUUAUUCUUACAAGAUGUUAUUUAUGUCACUUAUGUCAGAAAAAGAUACUGGAGCCUGGACAGAAAAAUUGUACUUUCACUGUAGUAGUAUAAAUGAAUGAAUAUGACACCAGGAGCAGUUCAGCACACACAGCAGCAGCGUAGCACACAAGAUUAGAUUUAAAUUUAAGAUGUUUUUCUAACAAGGUGUGAAGUAUUUAUUUUAGGAAACAAUGAUCGUCUCUGCUCUGUCUGUGUGACCUAUCCAGACAGAAUCAGCAACAUCCUGAGCAACCUCUUGUACAAACCUUUUUUCCUGUUCCUCAAAAUAAAUUUU